UAAGACUACUAGUAGAAAAUUCGAAACAAAAAGACGAGUACAAAUUAGAACGACUUCGGGCUCAGAAACCCUAGAUCUCCGACCGAGGCUUCCACAGAGAGAGAGAAAGUUGUGUGUAUUGAAUUGGAAUCUUGGAUCGUUGUGGUCGGGUGAGAUGGCGGAGCACUUGGCGUCGAUAUUCGGAACGGAGAAGGACAGGGUCAACUGCCCGUUCUACUUCAAGAUCGGGGCGUGCAGGCACGGCGAUCGCUGCUCGAGGCUCCACACCAAGCCCAGCAUCAGCCCGACCCUAGUCCUCGCCAACAUGUACCAGCGCCCCGACAUGGUCACCCCCGGCGUCGAUCCUCAGGGCCAGCCCAUCGACCCCCGCAAAAUCCAAUCCCACUUCGAGGAUUUCUAUGAAGACUUGUUUGAGGAGCUGAACAAAUAUGGAGAGAUAGAGUGCCUGAACAUUUGUGACAACUUGGCUGACCACAUGGUGGGUAAUGUAUACGUUCAGUUUCGAGAAGCAGAACAUGCUGCGGAGGCGCUCCAGAAUCUGACUGGGAGGUUUUAUGCAGGGCGUCCCAUCAUUGUUGACUACUCCCCGGUGACGGAUUUCCGUGAAGCUACUUGUAGGCAAUAUGACGAAGAUGUAUGCAAUCGUGGAGGAUACUGCAAUUUCAUGCAUCUGAAAAAGAUUAGCAGAGAGUUGAGGAGGCAAUUAUUUGGGAGUAGGCGGCGAAAGCAAAGCCGUAGUCCACCACGGAAUCGCAGUUAUGAUGAGCGUUCACAUGGUGGCCGCGGUUUUGGCGGCAGAGGUGAUGACAGAGAUCGCCGCCACCAUGAUCAUAGGGGGAGGAGGCCUAGAAGCAGAAGUCCAGGACGAAGGGGAGGAAGAAGUAGAAGCCCCCCUGGGGAAAGGAGAAAUAGGAGUCCUGUUAGGGAAGGCAGUGCUGAGAGAAGGGCCAAGAUUGAGCAGUGGAAUAGGGAAAGGGAACAGGCGGAUGCUGCUAACAAGAAUGGUAAUGGUAACAAUGAAAAUGAUGGAAUUCCGGAUAAUGGAGAACAGUAUAAUGACGCUCAUGUGGAGCAGCAGCACCAGCAGGAACACGGAGGCUACGACUACUGAUCCAAGCGGCAGUGCCGGGUGGAGUACAGGUUCUCUGUCAUAUGAUAUUGAAAGUAAAACAAACUUCCUCCUUUUUCACCUGCUAUCCGCUAAAAGAAGCUGAAAAAGAAUUUUGGACAAUAUACAUGUAAAAGGACCAUCUUAGUUCUUCAACCCCUUAACUAAAACCGUUUCAAUUCUGCAUUUUUUUGCAGUUUUAUAUGUGCCCCUUUCGUUGUUCUUGAGACAAUUUUUCAUAGUCUCUCAAAAACAAGGAUUUUAUUUUAUGCAAAAAAAGCAAAGCCUUUUGCCCAUCAAUAGCAAAAUACAUUUCCAAAAAAGUAUAAACUGCCAACAUUCUUAACCGACUUCACUCCUAUGCCUCGCUCAAUAGGCUCUCGAUUCUGAAGCAUUGUGAAAGAACAGGUGUCAGCUUUUAGCAUCUCGUGUUUGUAGGCAUUUAGGCUCUCGAUUCUGAAGCAUUGUGAAAGAACAGGUGUCAGCUUUUAACAUCUCGUGUUUGUAGGCAUUUCUCUGACCUAUUGAAGACAAAUUUUUUGCUUGAACUUGUGCAAAAAGAAUUUUGCUCAUACAAUGUGUUUUGAAUUUGUGAUGUACGUUACAGGGAUUCUUCUAUUCUCCUAACUACCGGUGUGGACACGACAUGACACGAGUUUGGACUAUGUAUAUGGAUCCCGUCCUUUUUGUCUUGGAACGAACCUUUAGUUGUCAAAUUGGUGAAGAAAACAAAAUAGACUAAAAUGUUACUCAAAACAAAAACUGUUGUAAAAUUAUUUUAUUUUUGUUGUUGUAGUAUGUCAAAAUUAUAACAGUUAACUGUAAUUAGUAAUUGUUCGAUGUGCAAAUCUUACAAAACGCGAAAAAAAUGUGAAAUUACUUUUAGACGAUGUAUCCUCGCACCUGUGUCUUCUUUUGGACCCUUUUACGCUGAGUCUCUGUAUCCUAAGAUUGGGAGUUUGAUGUGUCUGACUGCUAGAUAUACACUGCACACAAAAUAUAGCUUGUGACCUUUUUAUUUCAUUCUCUUGAGAGCAAUUGGAACGGUCCUCGCUGCUUGGUAUGAGAAAUCAGUGACAUGCAAUUUCAGGUUUUCAACUUUCCUAACCAUACUUGUCCAAAUUAGUUUCUUUGAUCUGCAAAUUUCGAACAAAAGCAAGUGUGAUGCCAGGCAGCGAUUGCCGAUAGGAAGGGUAACUGAUAAUCUUAGACUAGGAUUCGAUGGGUUAUCUUUCUUUCAUUUUUGUAUGUUUCGUCCCAGUAUAUGAUCUUUAUAUAUUUCACGAGUGUUGCAGGUUCAGGUAUUCCUGCUUCCAGGGUUGAGCAUCAUUUUUAUGGCAGCUCACCCAGAUGUUUAUAUACAGGUGCACUAUCACCAUUGUCUGCAGAGCAAGUUUACAGGACUUUCAGAUCAAAAGUUUACAGGACUUGACAUCUUGGCUGGCAGAACAACUGAAGCGGCUCAACUUUUAUGACAAAUCGGUGUAGUACACUAGGUAAUGAAGUCUUUAUGGUCUCUCGCUUCAACAGUAGCUGUUAUGGUUCUUUAUCUCUCUAUUUCAUAAAUUAUACAAUGGGAACAUCCUCUUUUGCAUAUGCUUUUUUAACUUACUGCAGAACAAAGAAACUGUGAUGUAAUUUGUGUUUGGUGUCUCCUUUGUUAUCCCGUGGUUGGUUUGUUUGAUGCUUUCAUUGGCGUAGGAAAAGCAAUAUUGGUUUCUUUGUAAGCAUGUGAUGCUAUAUAUGUUGGAAACAACUUAGAACA